AUGCAGGAGAUCGUGAAGAACUUCACUGUGGUUCACGUGAACGCUCCGGGACAAGAGGACGGCACGGCCAUUUAUCCUGCCGGACAACGAGUGUGGAUAUACGAGGAGCUUUUUGUUUUGAAUUGUACAGAUCUUUUAUUUUUUAAUGGCUUGGAAAUGGAGAUAGCUUUGGUGAGGUUUGACAAGCGGGGUGAUGGAAGCCGUGAUGGAGAACCCUACCAAAACCAAAACUCCCUGGAUCAUCCACGCUUGGUCCACAACAAAGAACUAUACUCGAGAAGUCCACAACAGAGCUCAUGGAGAAUGAACGACAUGAACAACACAAUGAUGGGCUCCACUGAGAAUACGGUGGAUUAUUACAGUCCCCAUUUGUUUGAUGAGGACAUUCUGGACAUGGAUAUGGACCAUGAGAACAACGAACGAGUUCUUAUCAAUAUCGCCGGACUGAGGUUCGAGACACAGUUGGGCACUCUGAACCAGUUUCCCGACACUUUGCUGGGAGACCCAGACAAGCGAAUAAAGUAUUUCGAUCCCCUCAGGAACGAGUAUUUCUUUGAUCGCAACAGACCGAGUUUUGACGGAAUUCUUUAUUUCUAUCAGUCCGGCGGGAAAAUCCGACGACCUGUUAACGUGUCAAUCGACGUGUUUGCAGACGAAAUCCGCUUUUAUCAGCUGGGAGAAGAAGCAAUGGACCGUUUCCGCGAGGAUGAGGGCUUUAUCAAAGAAGAGGAGCGACCGUUGCCAAACCAUGAAUUUCAGAGACAGGUUUGGCUUUUGUUUGAGUACCCAGAGAGCUCUGGUCCUGCCAGAGGCAUUGCUAUUGUGUCUGUUUUGGUCAUUUUGAUUUCCAUUGUUAUUUUCUGCUUGGAGACCCUGCCUGAGUUUAGGGACGACAAGGACCCGACUACUGUCUCUCCUAUUGCGAAUGCCACUGGCCCUUUCAUGUCCAGCACUUUCACAGACCCUUUCUUUGUGAUCGAGACCCUUUGCAUCAUCUGGUUCUCUUUCGAACUGCUCGUGCGAUUCUUCGCGUGCCCCAGCAAGGCUACUUUUUCCAAAAACAUCAUGAAUAUCAUUGAUAUCGUGGCUAUCAUUCCUUACUUUAUCACUCUGGGGACGGAGCUGGCCGAGAGUCAAGGCAACGGCCAGCAAGCCAUGUCGCUCGCCAUCCUCCGCGUGAUCCGUCUGGUGAGGGUCUUUCGCAUCUUCAAGCUAUCACGCCACUCCAAAGGUCUCCAGAUUCUCGGCCAGACCCUAAAAGCCAGCAUGCGGGAGCUGGGACUCCUCAUCUUCUUCCUCUUCAUUGGGGUCAUCUUGUUUUCCAGCGCAGUCUACUUCGCCGAGGCCGAUGACCCUACCUCCAGUUUCAGCAGCAUCCCUGAUGCUUUCUGGUGGGCUGUGGUUACCAUGACUACAGUUGGUUAUGGGGACAUGCAUCCAGUAACCAUUGGAGGCAAAAUUCUAUUUUGA